AUGGAGGAAGUGGACGACUACCGGGAGCCGUGUUUGCAGUGUGGGUCUGUACACUGGAGUAUCUCAGACGAGGGACGCUUUUUCUGUACCACCUGUCACAAUGUUAUUGAAAGAACCCGAGAGGUGGAGGAGCAGCCGUACACAGCGGGAUCGUCGCGCGUCACCACACUCGGCCGAGAACAGAGGGUCGAGAGGCGAGAGCGCGGAUACCGCUGGGCGGCGUGCGAAGGCUUCCAGUUCAUCCUGAGCGAGCAAGCGGCGGCGUUGGUCCGGCUGGGCGUGGCACCGGCCUUUAAGGACCAGGUCUUGUGGCCCCUGUGGCGACGCUACCUGAGGACCCGGCGGGAGGCGCACGGCACCCUCGCCGAGAAGGGCCCAUCUCAAGCGAAAGCUGCGGAUUCGGACUGGGAAAGUGACGUCGGGUCGUCCUUCCCGUCUACCAGCGAGACGGACAACGUGUCCCAGUCAGACAGCCGCGGCGAUUGGUCCUCCGAUUCCCGGGACGUCUCCGCGGGGCCGUGUACCGGCCGCGUGGCCGUCGGCGACGGCAUGAGCAUGAGAAGGACGCUGGCUCUGAUCCACUUGGCGCUAGUGUGGAGUCGCCAGGCGCUGACGCUCGGCGACCUGAUCGGGUUAGCAGACGACGGAUACAUCCCGUACUUGGACGCCUACCGGGUUCUUCCCGAGGAGAUGAAGCUGGACGCCACCAAAGUGGGCAUCUUUGCCCCGCAGAGCGUACCGAGGCACGGCGAGCUGCACCGGGAGGCCCGGACUCUCCAGCGCUUUCUGCGACUUCCCGCCUUUCCUCCGGUCCGCCGCCAGGACCCGCUGCACCCCGAAAUGCUUGCCUUGCGGUAUCUGGCCGACGCCAACCUGCCGGACGAUCUCCACCCGUGGGUGUGUGCGUUGCUGGAUCGCGUGGGCGAACCCUCCGUCGGCCCCAAUCUGCCCGAGUACGACCUACGGGCCGCUGCCCUGGUGGUGCUCGCCCUCAAGCUCUUCUUUGGCCUGGACGACCAUACGGAAUGGGACUUAUCCAAUGCCGCCACUGCGUCACCGCCGCAGACGGGGAGCGCCUUCAGCUUGAGGAGGUGGUACCGUCUGCUGCACGCCGCCAAGUUGCGAGCGGAGCUGAUGCGAGAGGACCGCAUCGCCAGGAAGCGGUGGAAGUCCACGCUCCUUUACUCGAACAAGAAGGUGGAAAGCAAGGCCGUCAAAAGGCAAAGAAACGCCGAGCAUCUGAAGUCGUGUUUUGAGCAAUUGCGGUCACGUCCCGCGUCGCGCGGCCCCUCCGCGCCGCCUUCCACCUUCACAUUCCUCUGGGGGGAAGAGCCAGGCGCCGACGGGCCCAACUUGCGCCGGUCCACAUUGGCCGGCGCCGUCCGGUCCGAAGGGGAAAUGCUGACCCCUGUCAACGCCGCGUACUGGCAUCCGCCCCUCAAAUCUUGCAACCCCCGGAUUUGCAGCAGUCACUACGCGGAGACAGAGCCCACACUGCCGCGCUCCUUCGUGUGGGUGGUGGACCUUUUCGCCUUCAUGUUGAGAGCAAGCCCCGCUCGGCUGUACCGGGAAGUCCUGAGCAUGGAGAAGCGCGUCCUUGCGGGUCAUGUAACGGAGGUGCGUCUUUGUGUGGUGUCCUCACACGUGUGCGGGUUGACUGAGUUCACGGAGUGCACCGUGACACGGCUGACUCGUCGCCCCCGACGUCCCCCGACGCUGGUCGGCCAAUGGCGCCUCGGCCCGCCGGUGACCGCGCCCGUCCCCGCCGCCGAUUGGCCGAGGCCAGCUACACCUUUGCAGCCGAUUGGACACUCGGAACCCACUCUCUCCUCCCCGUCGUCUUCCUGCCCGCCGUCCCCCGGCCCGAACCGAAGUGCCGAACCCGAGCUUUUGUUUUCCCGGACCACCGCGACGCUCUCCGCCCGUCAUGCUGCCUUCCCGCCAGGUGAGUGGACCGGAGCGACCGAAACGUGCUUUGUUGCCAUCUCGCUCUCGGCGAGGUGA